AAUCCGGCACGUCAACAACCGCAGCUUGAUUGCUACUGCAGAUCCGACAGAGCUAUGUGUACUCAAAAACGGCAAGUUCGCUGCGGUUUGUAAGCAGGUCAAUUUUACGAGGAAUUCAAAUGACUUGUAGAAUGACGGCCAGUCCGCUUAAGUUUUGCUGCGACGUCGAGCAGCCGGUUUUGAUGAGCGUACUCGCAAGGCGAAACUGGCUGAGAGUAGAACCCGAUCAAGAUUGGAACAUUUACUGGGCUUCUGUGGCAGGUGUGAGAGCAGUGUUCAGUGCAGACUACGGUUCAAGGCUUUCCGAUCACCAGAGGAUCAACCAUUUCGCGACGCACUACGAGCUCACCCGUAAGGACCUGAUGGCUAAGCACAUGAAGCGCUAUCGUAGGGAACUCAACAAGAACAGCGCCGACGGUGAAUCUUCGGGUCCCAUCCCGGACCUUGUUCCCCCGACCUUCGUGCUUCCGAGAGACUACAACAUGUUCGUGGACGAGUUCCGGAAGACUGCCCCAAGCAUGUGGAUCGUGAAGCCAUGCGGAAAGGCUCAAGGUGUCGGCAUUUCUCUUGUGAACAAGCCAAGCCAGGUCAAGGGGCUUCUGAACAGUUGGGACUCGCAGGGGACAAAGGAACCGCACGUCGUGUGCCGGUACCUCGAGAGACCGCUCCUGAUCGGGGGCCGCAAGUUCGACCUCCGGCUGUACACCCUCGUGACUUCGUUCCGACCACUCAGAGCCUACCUGUACCGCCGGGGAUUCUGUCGCCUUUGCCAGCUCCACUACUCGCUCCAGGACCUGACCGACCCUCUUGUCCACCUCACAAACGUCUCCGUGCAGAGGCAAGGGGGGCGCUACAACAGCCAGCAUGGGGGAAAGUGGGACCUGAGGAGCCUGGAGCUGUGGGUGUGUGGUACCAGGGGUUCCCAGGCAGCCAACAAACUCUGGCAAGAUCUGCGCCAAGUGGUGGCCCAUUCCCUGCGUGCUGUGGCAGGCACCAUGCUCUCGGACUGGCACUGCUUCGAGUGCUACGGGUACGACAUCCUCCUGGACGAGCAGCUGAGGCCCUGGCUGCUGGAGGUGAAUGCAUCCCCCUCCCUCACCUGCAGCACUCCGGGGGACUGGGUACUCAAGGAGACCAUGCUGGACGACCUGUUUGAGAUCGUGGCUCCACGCGGAGAACUGAGGAGAACCUGCAGCUGACUAAGCCGCAGGCGAAGCCGCUCGUUCUCCUCGAGCAGACCGCUGAGAUCCGGCCGGGCAUCUCCCGACGUGUGGGGCUCUCCGCUGCGCCACAGAAGCUGCUCCACCGCUUCCGGAAGGGACCCUGCAACAACGCAUCGCAGCGCCUCACUUAGCGGGGUUGGGUUCUCAAAGCGACUUGUAAAACUUCCCCUUGCUGCAAUGUUUUAGGCAAUGCUUCGUGUUGUGAAUAUUUAUUUGUAUAAUAUGUAUGCAACAAAACCUCCGAAAAGUACUUUUUCUUUUUUUAGGGUACCAUUUUUAUUUUGCAAGUGUCUCAAACGUUUAGCUCUGCUAGAAUUACGAGUGUACUUCCAGUUUGCUGCAUUAUAUUCAUAUCUUUGCUACAUCUAAAGUUGCAGUAAAAAGGUCUUACUGUACCCUGUUCAACCCAAAACUGUGAAGCGAAUGUAGAGGCAAAAAAGAAUGAAAGCAAUAGCUACAAAGGAAAAUGAGCAUUAUACAGGUAACUGCGGUUAUUAUUUCAUGUGUCGUACGCUGUAAUAAAGUUUGUAC